UGGAGUCUUAUAUAUUCUACCUACUGUUACUACGGAGGCCACAGAAGUUGUUCUCAGAGAGAGAGAGAGAGAGAGAUGGGGAGGAAGCCGUCCUGCUCCAAGGAGGGGAUGAACAGAGGAGCUUGGACAGCAAUGGAGGAUGGCAUCCUCGUCUCCUACAUCCAGAAGCAUGGAGAGGGCAAAUGGGGAAGCCUCCCCAGAAGAGCUGGGCUGAAGCGGUGUGGGAAGAGCUGCCGGCUGCGGUGGCUCAACUACCUGCGCCCGGGCAUCAAGCGAGGCAACAUCUCCGAGGAUGAGGAGGAGCUCAUCAUCAGGCUCCACAGGCUCCUCGGCAACAGGUGGUCGCUGAUCGCCGGGCGGCUACCGGGGCGAACAGACAAUGAAAUCAAGAACUACUGGAACACGACGCUAGGCAAGAAGGUGCUCAGGAACAGCGGCCGCUCCAAAGAAGAUAACCAAGCCGCGCCGGAGCAGGAGGCAAGCCCGGUGGCGGUCCGGAGCAAGGCGCUGCGGUGCACCGCCAGGCUGCCGGUGGUGCAGGUGCAGCCCGCCGCGCCCGCGAGCCACGGCUGUCCGUCGGAGACCGCGGUCGGCGACGACGGCGUUCGUGAGGAGCAAGCAGCCGACGAGGCGGCGCCGGCGCCGGCCGUGGAGGUGCAGCAGAAGCAGCUGGAUUUUCUCCCGGAGGAUGAGCUGUCGAUCGACCUCGACUUCGACAUGGGUGAGCUGGGUUUCCUGAGCCCGUGGCGCGGCGAGGUCGGUGGCGGCGUGGGGCCGGGCGACCGGUUCGACGGCGACGAGGUUGACGAUCUGGAGGCGCUGCUGCUGGGGCCCGGAGGUGACGGCAACCUUCACGAGUUUGCAUGGUUUUGA